UCCCGCUCAUUCAUUCAGUGAGCUUUUGCGUCCUCUGAAUUAAGUAGAGGUAUUGUUCAAACUUGCAGGUUCAAGUCUCAGCAAGGUGUCAUAUCCCGAUACGCCUGUCCAUAAUCCUACUCCUUCAUAUUUUCAUUUGCAUCGCCUCUUGUUAGGGGUCAUCAAAGCUGGGAUUGCUUUCUCGGGGUGUGUAUAUGCUGUGUAUCCCUGAGCUACAGUACCCGACCGAGCCGACCGACAAACGUCCAACGAACCGAAGUGGCUCGGAAGAGCUGACAACAGGGCGCUUUUGGAGCUGGCGGUCCAGCGCCCUUUGCAUCUGCAAUUCUGCAUCUGGCCUGGCUGAUAGCCUGACCGAACGAAACUCCAUCAGCUGAAUUACAGAUUUGGAUUUUGCUACUCAGGGCUUCGCGUCCCAAAACCUCGUCUCCCGUCACUUCCAUCCUGAAGCCCCAGUUGGAAACGACGUCGACCCGAUGUAUCCCUACCGUGGCAGGACCGGGCCAUCCAAGGCGACACCAUCAAACGUGCAAUGCCAAAAGUGCCUCAAACGAGGUCACUAUUCGUAUGAGUGCAAAGCAGCACCACAGGAACGGCCUUAUAUUCCCAGGCCUUCCCGCACUCAGCAGCUAUUCAAUCCUAAGCUGCUUCCGAAACUGUCAAACGAGGUACCAGAUGCCCUAGAGAAGAAAGAGGGGGCGACUGAUCGGGAACUGGCGAGGAGAGAGGCUGAGCGGGCAAGGAAACGGGAGCGGGAGAAGGAUGAAGAAUCCUCUCCAAGUGCCUCGCCGCCAGCUAGGCGUCGUCGAUCCCCUUCUUAUGACUCGGUGUCUAGUAUUUCCACUAGGUCUCCCUCGCCAGUCCCAAGACGAAGCCCUAGUCCUCCACGUAGAGCAAGACGAAAGUAUUCUCGGAGUCCUUCACCCGCCAGUCCGCAGAUUGCUCAGCGGUCAUUUACCUCAGGUGAUCGUUACUCCAGAGAGCCCUCAGGAGAUCCACGCCAGGACUUCUCCGUCAGGGCCUCACGCCAUCCGCAUUCACCUUCAGACCGGUCGCCUUCACCUCGGCGGUCGCUUUCCCCUCCAAGCGAGCGUGGCUCUGAUCGCGAGUAUGGGCGCGGACGUCGCGGACACUCGACAUCUAGAUCUAGAUCUAGGUCCAAAUCUCCAAUAGGGCGAUAUGAUCGCAGAGACAGACACGGCCCCGGACGUUACCGAGACAGGGAUGAACAUGGCCGUCAAGAAGGAAGGAAAUCGCCCGCGAGACAGCCGUCUCCGUCGCGGGAGCGAAGUCUCAGUCCUUUCAGCAAAAGGUUAGCGCUGACACGGACAAUGAAUAUGGGAAGAUAGGUACGGAGUAUUAUGGGGUAUCAAUCAAGCACGUACUUUUGGCAUCACACCCCACACGGGUCAUUAGUCAACCAGAUGGA